GGAGAAAAGUCCUGAUAGUCUAUGCACAUCAAGAGCCCAAGUCUGAACGGAUCGUUGAAGACGGUUGCUGUGGAAGAACUGAGGAAGCAGGGCUGCAGUGUCACAGUGUCUGAUUUAUAUGCAAUGCAGUUUGAGCCAAGAGCAACAAGAAAUGACAUUGUUGGUUGCUUGCACAACUCAGAAGAGUUCAAUUAUGGUGUGGAGACAUGGGAAGCUUACAAGAGAGGAGAUUUGUCCAGUGAUGUGAUUGAAGAGCAAAAGAAAGUGCAGGAAGCAGACUUACUGAUUUUUCAGUUUCCCUUGUAUUGGUUCAGCAUGCCAGCAAUCAUGAAGGGCUGGAUGGACAGAGUCUUGGUCCAAGGAUUUGCUCAUGAAUAUCCAAACUGCUAUGAUUCCGGUUUGCUCAAGAACAAAUUAUCCCUGUUUUCUUUCACCACUGGAUCAAGCAGAGAGAUGUAUGCAAAAGGAGGUAUCAAUGAUGAUAUUCGCUAUCUCCUGUGGCCGAUGCAGCAUGGAAUCAUGCACUUCUGUGGUGUCAAAGUCCUUGCGCCUCACAUCUGCUUCGCUCCGGAGUAUGUCUCUGAGGAGGAAAGGAAGGAGAUGCUGAUUGCCUGGGCCCGGCGUCUGAAGACUCUUUGGCAGGAAGAACCCAUAGACUGCUCUCCUGAGUGGUAUUUCAAGUAAUGUUCAGGCACAAGACUACAGAGAGAAUUUUUUUUCCCCCAUGCUUUUUGGUGCUUUAUCUCAAUAUCUGAAUGCUAUUUUCCUCAUUUUAAUGUAUUAUAGGUAUCUCAAGUAAUACAGCUAGCUGCUUAACUGACAAUAUAGCAUUUAUCUUCAUAGAUUCCUGAGGGAUUCUCUUCAAAGAUGCGUACAAAACUCUUUAUGAAGAAUUAUCCUUGCUCAUGUAAACAGUGACAUCCUGCCUACAAGUGGUUGAUAACACAAGUGGUACUUAAUUGCAGAUUAUACCACUGCUGCUUAUGAAACAGUGAAGUACAUAGCUACGUUUAUUUUAACACUUUUUGUACAUGCUGCCACUUUUUUUUUUUAAUUUGCC